AUGACUGGUUCACCCGCCGGAUUUGGGAGGCAAAUCCCUCUUCUGGCUGCAAUAGACUCGAAAUAUCAUAUCCAUUUGAUCAUUGGAAAUAAUCCAUUGGCAGCUGCUCGCAUUACCAAGUCUAUCGAUUCAGGAGCAACUCCAAUUCUAAUUUCCCCUCCUGAGAACAAGCUUCCAUCGACUCUUUCCGAGAGAAUUGAGGCCGGACAGGUCCAAUGGAUCCAGAGAGAAUUCCAGGACAGCGAUCUCCUCACAUUGGGCCGAGAGGAAGUAGAGUGUGUUGUUGACGCCGUAUUUAUAACUUUGGACAAGACAUAUUCCUUAACCCAUCACAUAUCAAAAACAUGCCGGCAGCUUCGAAUUCCAGUAAAUGUGUCAGAUGCACCGGAACUUUGCUCUUUCACACUACUGUCAACCUAUUCUGACGGGCCUUUGCAUAUUGGGGUUACAACGUCAGGAAAAGGAGGCUCUUUGGCUUCUCGUAUAAGGCGAGAAAUUGCCUCAUUCCUUCCGCCUGGACUUGGGACAGCAGUUGAAAAUCUGGGCAUAUUAAGGAAACGAAUUUGGGAAGAGGAUGCUAUCGAGGAAGAGGCAGAUAAAGAUAGCUUUGAGGAUGAUUCCGACGACUCAACUGCACAGAAGCACACAUUUAACACAUUAGUAGUGGAUGCAGCCGCUACAUCGAAGACAAGGAGAAUACGCUGGCUCUCACAAAUCUGCGAAUACUGGCCCCUUCGCCAGCUUGCCAGCGUAACGCUGCCUGGAGUAGAGAAGAUGUUGGAAGCUUAUGGAGCGGGGAAGAACCCUCUUACCAACGGAAAGAGUACUGGUCCGGAGGCUAAAAACGGAAAAAUUAUCCUAGCAGGCUCUGGGCCAGGUCACCCCGAAUUGCUGACACGUGCAACAUAUCACGCAAUUAAAACAGCAGACCUUAUACUCUCCGACAAACUAGUGCCGACUGCAGUUCUCGAUCUCAUCCCACGAAGAACGGAAGUGCACAUUGCACGAAAGUUCCCUGGUAAUGCAGACAAAGCACAGGAAGAACUGCUAGAACUUGCAUCCGAGGGCUUAUUGGCCGGCAGAAUUGUCCUCCGGCUGAAGCAGGGAGACCCAUACCUCUAUGGACGGGGGGCUGAGGAAUUCUCCUAUUUCCGAGCGAAGGGAUACGAGCCUAUUGUUCUUCCUGGCAUCACAAGUGCUCUGAGUGCACCUUUGUUUGCGGAUAUACCACCAACCCAUAGAGGAGUGGCUGACCAAGUCCUGAUAUGCACGGGGACUGGUCGCCAUGGCGUGGCACCCUCACCACCCAAUUUUAUACCUAGCCAAACGGUUGUUUUCCUCAUGGCAUUGCACCGGUUGGCAUCACUCAUUGAAUCUAUGACAACUUACACCGGCGAUGGUAAAGAUGAUGUAACUUCAUCUAGAAGCCUCUGGCCAAAAGACACGCCCUGUGCAGUGAUAGAAAGGGCAUCCUGCGCUGACCAACGGGUAAUAAGGUCGACAUUGGAGCAUGUGUGUAUGGCUGUCCAAGAAGAGGGCUCACGGCCACCAGGCCUGCUUGUAGUGGGAGCAAGUUGUGAAGUUCUUCAUCAACCAGGCCGGAAAUGGAUCGUUGAGGAUGGAUUCAAGACGCUGGAUGGUCUGAACGAUGAUUUGAAUUUAAACACCAUUGCUGCAUUGGGAGGAAUUGACGGCGAAUAG